AUGGCAUUGGGGAAGAAGAGAACCAUAGCCGAGAGAUCGAGUUCGAAGCAUGUGGAAUAUGGAGGGUUAGGGUUCGAUUUGGAGUUGGUUCAGUAUAAGAGAGGAUUUGGGAGGAAGAGGAUUCUAGUUUCAUCAGGUGCUGAUGAGAUUGAAGAUUCGUUUUUCACUUCUCCUGUCCGAAAAAUCUCAUCUGGUCGAAGUCAAGAACUUGAAGAUCUUCCGCUAGAUAUUCUGGUUAAGAUUAUAUGUGGGGUCGAGCAUGAAGACUUGAAACAACUGUUUCAUGUUUCAAAAACAAUAAGAGAAGCUGCAUUGAUUGCAAAGCAGACACAUUUUGCUUAUAGUACACCUCGGAAAACCUCGGUUAUCCACCAUGAUUUGAACAAACCAUUUGGUUUAGGCGUUGUUAGUGAUGAUGAGAUCAAAACCCCUAGAGCCCCGUUGCAGAAAAGGUAUCGACUUUCACGGAUAAACUGCAUCAAGGACAUUUCUGGAGUCUCAGUUUCUCUGUUCAACUAA